AUAUGUUUCAUGUUCUUUUGAGAACGAGAAAGCAUUCUGUUAUCUGCGUCACCCUAAAACUUUGACUGUUUGAAGUAUUAAAAUCAUUCCGUUAUCGCAAACCCUUGUGGUACGCAUAUCACGAUAUUUACAUUUGCGAUAUUUUGAUCAUUUGGAUUUAUCGCGCAGCCGUAAUCGCUAUGAAUUUUAGCAUGUGCUGGAACCGGUUAUACUAUGGAUAUAACUGUGAACACUUUCUUUUUGACAGUUUCCAUCCCUAAAUCAAAGCACCUCAUUAAAUGUUUUAUGUCAGAUUUUUAUGCUUAUGCUCCCAUAACGUAUGCUGUCUAGUUAGAUUUCUCAACAUUUUGCCUCUUAUGUAUUAGCUAAUGAUUAUUUUCAGCACUUUUCGCUGAAACAAGUGAUUAGCUUGUUACAGAUUUACCUGCUAAUCUGAUAAUCCAUCUGAAUAAUAGAUUGUUAGUGUCCGAUGUAAUCUAAUUAUCUUGUAAUCAGUAGCUGAUCAUUUUCUAUGCCAUGUUAGAUGUUUAUAAGCAUGCUGACUUGGGUAGCGUAUUGUCGGCUCGUGAAUUUCUCAAUGUCAUUUCUGAACGUUUGUCCUAUUUUCAAGUGAUACAUUUCGGUCCAGAAGAACACAGUGUCCAUCACUGAACAGAGAGCAAAGUUCACCCAAAAAAACAAACAGUCAUGGACGAACGCAACAGGCUGAGAGAUUUCACGAGCCAGAGCUCACUGACACACCACACUGAGAGCGAGUCAGAGAAGAGCGAAGUUAAAUGUCUAACUGGAAAUUAAACCAUCGAAGAUGCUCAGAUCACAGAGGAUGCUCACAUUUGAGGUUCAUGUGGUUCACCCCUGACCUGUCUCCGGAGAGCCCCCUACUCGGCACCCUCCCGCUGCCACCAGCUCGCUCACGCACUAGUGGCCCCAGCAGCGGCGCCACCACCCACCCCCCCGCCGAGCUGCCUGCGCGACCCCACCGGAAGCGCAGCGGCGAGGCCGGAAGCGGCAGUGCCAGCCCACCUGUCCGCGGCGCCAUGGAGGUGGGUAUGCGCGUGGUGCGUGGCGUUGACUGGAAGUGGGGCAACCAGGACGAUGGUGAGGGCCAUGUGGGCACAGUGGUGGAAGUGGGGCGCCAGGGCAGCACCAGCACACCUGACAAGACAGUUGUGGUGCAGUGGGACAGCGGCACUCGCACCAACUACCGCACCGGCUACCAGGGUGCCUAUGACCUGCUGCUUUAUGACAACGCACAGAUUGGUGUCCGCCACUCGAACAUCAUUUGCGACAGCUGUAAGAAGCAUGGCAUCAUGGGAAUGCGUUGGAAAUGCAAGGUGUGCUUCGACUACGACCUGUGCACACACUGCUACAUGAACAACAAACACGACCUCUCGCACGCCUUCGAGCGUUACGAGACAGCGCACUCACAGCCAGUGAUCUUGACACCGAGGCAAAACCUGUCACGGAUUAUCCUUAAGGGAAUCUUCCAGGGCGUAAAAGUCGUGCGUGGACCCGACUGGGAUUGGGGCAACCAAGACGGAGGAGAGGGGAAGAUCGGGAAGGUGGUCGAUAUCCGAGGUUGGGACCAAGAGUCAGGCCGCAGCGUGGCCAGCGUCACCUGGUCCAACGGCACCACCAACGUCUACAGGAUGGGCCACAAGGGCAAGGUGGACCUCAAAUACGUCUCAGACGGCCAAGGAGGCUACUACUACAAGGAGCACCUGCCCAAACUAGGUGAACAUGCAGAACUGCAGAGGCAGGAGAGCGCUGACGGUCACACGUUCCAGCAGGGGGAUAAAGUAAAAUGCCUGCUGGACGUGGACAUCCUCAGGCAGAUGCAGGAGGGACACGGAGGCUGGAAUCCUAAAAUGGCAGAGUACAUCUGCAGAAUCGGGACCGUGCACAGGAUAACGGACCGAGGGGACGUCAGAGUCCAGUACAGUAACAACAUACGCUGGACUUUCCACCCAGGCGCUCUGACUAAAGUGCAUACGUUUGCAGUAGGUGAGUUGGUGAGGGUCCUGGAUGACAUCGAGACUGUGAAGAGGCUACAGGCUGGCCAUGGAGAGUGGACUGACAGCAUGGCACCUGCCCUGGGCCAGGUUGGCAAGGUUUUGAAAGUGUAUGCGGAUGGUGACCUGCGCGUGGCAUUUGGAGGACAGACGUGGACUUUUAACCCUGCGUGUCUCUCUGCUCAGCCUGGCGAGGUGGACGCCAAUCUGAUGACGGCUGAGAAUCCAAGUGAAUCAAGAACCACAGUCAUUUCAGUCCUGGAGAAGUUGUUGUCUCAGUCCACGGAGCAGGAUAACCCCGGGCGCCUGGUCAUCGAGGCUGCUCAUGGCAGCGCUGCUAAAGUCCGCGAACUAGUGCAGAAACAUCCAGACAAGGUGGAUAUAAAGAACCAGGGGAAGACGGCGCUCCAGGUGGCUGCUCAUCAGGGCCAUAUGGAAGUAGUGAAGGUCCUGCUGCAGGCCAACAGCAGCAUUGAGGCCAAGGACGAAGAUGGAGAUGCAGCGCUGCACUACACAGCAUUCGGGAACCAAGCCGAAAUCGCACGCCUCCUCCUGAGCAAAGGGGCCAGCGUCAACCUGCUGAACAACUCCAUGUGUACAGCGCUCCACAUCGCUGUCAACAAGGGCUUCACUGACGUAGUGAGGGUACUUACCGACCACUCUGCCGACGUCAACCUGCAGGACUCAUAUGGGGACACACCUCUACACGAUGCCAUCGCUAAGGACUUCAGGAGCAUCAUUGAGAUCCUGACCGUGGUGCGCAACAUUGACUUUACACAGCAGAACAACCGUGGCUUCAACCUGCUGCACCAUGCAGCCCUGAAGGGCAACAAACUUGCAACGGAGAUGAUCCUGGCACGUGCCCGGCAGCUGGCCGACGUGAAGAAGGAAGACGGCUUCUCCGCUCUUCACCUGGCCGCUCUCAAUAACCACUACGAGGUGGCCGAGAUCCUUAUCAAAGAGGGCCGCUGUGAUGUCAACAUCCGCAAUAACCGUGGUCAGACGCCUCUGCAGCUGGCAGUCACGCAGGGCCAUAUGCAGCUGGUGGAGCUUCUGGUGAUGGAGGGAGCCAACGUGAACGCCGAGGACGAGGAGGGAGACACAGCCAUGCACACGGCCCUCAGCCGCCAACAACUCACCACCACCCUGAGCAGCACAGAGAGAGAUGCCUCAAACCUCUACAGCCGACUGAGUGGCUCAGGGCUGUUGGGGAACACAGAGCUGAAUGUUGGGGCUGCUAUUGCCUGUUUCCUGGCUCAAGAGGGUGCUGAUAUAAACUACGCCAACCAUAAAGGCAAGAGUCCACUGGACUUGGUGACAGACAGCAUCGUGUUGCAGCUGAUCAGAAGCUUCUCCGAGAAAUACCGACUGCAGGCCGGUACGUGUGGGACGGGUGGCAGCGGGAGCAGUAGCAGCAGUCUGAGGCGGGUUCACACCACACCCAACACCAUGACCAACCUGGUCAUGCCCAGUGCACCAGGCCCCAGCGAGUGCCUCAUCUGCUCCGAGCUCGCCCUGCUUGUGCUCUUCUCCCCAUGCCAGCACAGUGUCGCCUGCGAGGAAUGCGCUCACAGGAUGAAGAAAUGCAUCAAAUGCCAGGUCACCAUCACCAAGAAAAUACGACAAGACCAAACAGAGGUAGACAGCAGUCCAAACUCGGAGAGCUCGGAGCAGCACCACCUGCUGGAGCAGCUGCAGUCGCGCUACAGGCAGAUGGAGGAGCGCAUCACUUGCCCCAUCUGCAUCGACAACCACAUCAAGCUUGUGUUUCAGUGCGGCCACGCCUCCUGCAUAGACUGCAGCGCCACCCUCAAGACCUGCCCCAUAUGCCGCCAGAGCAUCCGCGAGAGGAUCCAGCUCUAUGUCUGAUGUGUGCACACUCACUCACACAUACACACACACACACAAGAGUGUGUCGUGGCUUACUGUUAGAUGGCGAGUAAGGGUGGGUAGGAUGGGCAGGGGUGGUGUGGGGCGGGAUUGGUGUAGGAUGUGCUGUAUUUAAUCAAUCAGUCUGACUUCUCCAUCAUCAUUGUCCAGAUGCAGGAAGCCAAGCCCACUCCUGUGGACUCCACCAUUCAUCAUUUUUUUGUGUGCGUGCAUAUGGGGACGUGUGUACACCUGCUUUUUCAGUUUAUCAGAAAGAAAAUGCAGACACGCAAUCCUCUGGGUCAAACAAAACACCAGUCAUUUCCACUGCGACUUAUCAACUGCUUUCUGUGAGAUUUACUCCUCUUUUGAUUUUUAAUUAUUUGCUGACUCACUGUAGCUCUGAGAUGUUUACAGACUUACACUAUUGUUGGAUUCUCUGUGAAAAACCAUAAACCUCUCCAUGGAUGUAGAAUCAUUACAGCUGGAUGCACAGCAGUGGAUGGAGGUGGGCUAUUUUCAUACAGUCAUACAGACUGCAGCUUUAAGUUUCACAUUGACAUACAGCGCCUCUCCCAGUCCCUCCUAGUAGACCCUGAAAAGCUUUCCACAAGCGAAGGAUAUACAAUGCAUGCUGAUAUGCAUAUUAUCUAUAUGAUAUAUUGUGACAUGGAUUACAUUUGUGGUGUUCUAAGGCAAUCAGUCUUUUUUAUUUAUGCGUGAAAGCAUCCUGUAGCCUCGAGGGCUAGUGAAGGGGGCCGAGCAAGGAAACUCGCAGCACUACUACGUAUUAAUUUAUUCGUCAUGGUCAAAGAAUGGAUAACUUGUAAAAAAUAAAUAAAUAAAAGGUCAUUUACUUUCUUAGGGGUCAGUUUACAAAAGGAAGUUUGCUUAAAUAGAGCAUGAGACACUAAAUUGAAGGAUAACACAGUCUAAAAGAUGUCAAGCAUUAAAAUCUAAACGAUCCGAACAUGUUCCUUUUGUAACCUUUACAAAGGGAAACUGAAUGAAAUUUGAUUGAUGAGCCACCUCAUCCCAUUUUGAAAGUGUCAGCUCUCUGGAUUGACAUCUCCUAUAAUUAAUUUCCUUUGUGCUAGUGUGGUUUGAGGUAAAAAUGGUGAUCAGAGAUCAAUUUUUGGCUUUUGUGUCAUAAUCAGUACGAUUAAAACAUUAAUCUAGGAUAAGCUGAUCCUAGAUCUGAGCUGGGACUUUUCAGCAAAUCUUUUUUUUUUUUUUUCUUUUUUCAUUACACAAUUCAAAGUGGGAAGAUUUUUCCCUGAUCUAAUUUUGUACAUUGGCUGUUGAAGACUGCUGCUUAGUUUUCUGAUGCAUUAUGGCGAGGAACUGUCCUGUGCUUUUGCUGUUUACUAAACAGGGCAAACACUAUACUACGCCUUCACACUUGGAUAUUAGUCAGUAUCCGACGGUUAUUUUCUUUCUUUUUUUUUUCUCCAAGUGUUAAAAUGUUAAUUGCAUCCGAAUGGCAAAAAAAAAGUGUGCGCAUUUGUCAAUAAGUGUCUUACCAUUGUCAGUCGCUACCUAAAUUUCCCUAACCUAAGCUGAGCAUUCAAACCACUUACAUGUUUUGUUCCAGAAGGGCUCACUGUAUGCAUCGAAAAAAAUCUAUUUUAAUUGUUACGAUUUCAUUCAUUUUGUAUUAUAUUCCAUGUCAAACAAAAUGGGGUUUUGUAGAUUCCAUGUUUGGGCUUAAAAUACUACGAUGUACAUAUAUUGGAAUGUCAGUUAAGAGAUCCUGCUGCAUCACAGCUUGAGCAUGCUAGCAAAGUAAAAUGAAUAUCAGUGCCAAAUUUAACAUGUCCAAAAAACAGUCAUUAGUUCUUCAUACAAGAUAUGAAAUCUUGUGAUCUUCUCAUGGAUUCUGAGACAUCAGUAUUUGUUUGUGAUUUCACAAAACUUGAAUUUGAGUUUUUCCCCUUUCAGUUCUUAAAAAAAAAAAAAAAAAAAAAAAUCGGUAACAUCAAACCUAAGAAAGCCUUCUUGUCUUCUUCGAAUAGAUGGAAUAAGAAAUAUGUACUAUAAACAAACUGUAGACAUUUUUAAAGAGCCACUAGCCCAAGAUUAUUAAACACCAAGCUUAGUGUCACAUAACCAAGUUAUCUGAUUUAGACGUGUUGAAGAAAGAUGUGAAUAGCAGGAUUGCGUAAAUGCCUUGUGUUUUGUGUUGUAAAGUGUGUUCUUAACCAAGUUGCUGGUUUGGAAAAAAGGCCUCUUUUCAAAGGGGAGGUUAAUAGUCGUCUUUUUUUUUUUUUUUUACACUUUCAUUGUCUUGAUGGUAAUUGCAGUACAUACAGUAGUGUGUGUAAAAGUGGUCUUUAGGUUGCCCAUCAGGUUGUAUAUCAGCUUAGAAUGGCAUUGGAAAUCUAAUUAUUUUCAUCUAAUUUCAGAAAUAAUCCAUACAUUCAAUUGGCAUGUUCGUCGUGAGAAUUCAGUGUGAACUACAUAUGAGUUGGCAGCAGAUGAAGGAGGGCAAUAAAGGCAUACGCUUCGACGAUGUUAAAAGAUUAUUUAAAGUGUUACUGUUCAUGUUUGUACAGUUCAGCACGCAGCAUUCUGAUGUUGGCCUUACUGUCCAUUCCAGGUUUUUUUUUUUUUUUUUUUUUUUUUUUAAGUUUUACUGUACAAAAUAUUUUGCAAUAAAUAUGGAACUGUUUUAUAAGGA